GUUGUAAGGAGAACAUUGUACGUGAGAACGUUCGUGUAGAAUUUCAAUAGAUCGCGAUCGAUCGUUCGACAAUUGAUCACCGAUGGGGAAAGACGAUCCGUGGACGGAAGUUGGUGGCCGUUUCGCGCACCUUGUGCAGUGCCACGUGACGCGGACAGCUUAAACGGAGAAGAUUGCUCUGCCUUGCAGCGAAACUUUCGCCAUUUCCCAGCAAUUGUUGACAGACGGCGCCGUAGUUGAGAUCACGAUGACUAUGGACGUGAGCAAAUCCGAGACGAAUAAAAAUGGUUCGACGCAGCAGGAAUGCGCCGGCUGCGGGAAGACAAUUACGGAGAGGUACCUCCUCAAGGCCCUGGACCUCUACUGGCACGAAGACUGCCUCAAGUGCGGAUGCUGCGACUGUAGGUUAGGCGAGGUCGGCUCUACCCUCUACACCAAAGCUAAUCUUAUCCUCUGUAAGAGGGACUACCUCAGGCUCUUCGGGAACACGGGAUGCUGCGCGGCGUGUAAUAAGCAAAUACCGGCGUUCGAGAUGGUCAUGAGGGCCAGAACGAACGUCUAUCAUCUCGACUGUUUCGCCUGCCAGCAGUGCACUCAUCGGUUUUGCGUAGGCGAUCGGUUCUACUUGUGUGAGAACAAGAUUCUCUGCGAGUACGACUACGAGGAGAGGCUAGCGUUCGCUAAUAUGGCGUUACAAUCACCCGCCUCAUUAGCAUACAUCAAAAGGCAACUCCCCCCUACACCAACGCCCCCGGGCCAGAACAUACACCCGGGACACAAUCCACUCCAGGCUCAUCAAGGUCUGGGGCAGUCGGUGGCCCAGCACAAUCAUGUGCCCAACGGUCAAAUGUCAGGUGGCACGCCGACGAUGAACGGGACGACUAUAGGGGUCGGCGGACCGAGGGCACCGGGUGAUAUGAACAACAACGGUUUGUCUGGGCCCGCCCUCGGGCCCGUGAAGCCACCCCCGAUGUCCAUGCAGGCGCCAACCAGCUGAAACGAGGCUUCGCCGCCUCUGAAGAAGCUCAGGUGUCUCAGCGGUUAUUAAAACGGGAGUUCUCUUCGCUCGUGGAAUGUAAUCCGUGGAUUCCGGGCAACGGAAAAGCAGAUAAAAGGUAUACGUUGCCAAGAAUGACGGAAUGGACAAAAAAAAAAGGAGGAUUGAAGGGAGCGAGAUAGAGAGAUCGAGCAAGGGAUGUGAAUGAAGGAGGGAGGGGCGGAAACGUCAAACGCGCGAGGAAUCGGACGGACUUCGAAGUGGAAUCCGAGGCUUCGUGGACAAAGUGAUGAGCCUUGGGAGAUUGAAAUCACUGUGAUCGUGGAAAAUGAACACAAAAUUUAACGGAAGUUAAUGUUAAUACAGUGUAGGACACGCGCGUGGCGCGAGCUGGAGCUCGACACACCGUAUUUACGCAGGCAUACAGGUACAUACAGAGAACGUAACACUAAACACAAGCGCAUAUACUCCUUCCGGGCAACGCAAACGUUUAAAUGACGUCAUAACAUUCACCAGACUGUCUUUUAGGCGUCCCUCAGACUUUUGCGUUGUUUGCCGAUGCACGUACGCGUCUUGUAAGAUACGACACGACACUCGACACACACACACACACACACACACACACACACACACACACACAUAAGGAUAAAUUAGAUAAUUCAUGUAAGAUAUAUUUCUUUAGCGAGAUGGGGGCGAAUGUGGUUCUGCGCGAAUGUGGAUCUGUGCGAGAAUUGCGUACGCAUGUGUGCAAGCAGCGGAGUCGUUCUGUAAAUAUAUCUGUGUCGUAAUCGACUCCGCGAAAGUGAGAAAGAGAGAGAACGAAAACAAUUACCAGGUAUACGCACGCCCACCGAGAUAACUCUUGUCCCGCUCGUGAUAACCGCCGUCGUCCAUGCGUAAGGACGCAGAAGCGCCGGAUUCGAAAGAAGAGGGACCUUAGCGAAGUGAGCGAAAGGGACGCGAGGGGUUCUGUAACACGUGCCAUAGCAUCCCGCGAUCUCCCGUUUUACAGCCAGCCGAAAACGGGCAGCCACGAAAGGGAAAGGAAAUAAAACGAUCAUCUUAUAAGGUAAAUAUUCCAAUAAAUUGAAUGUGAUUGAAAAGAGUAUAUCUGUAAUUAUUAAGAUGUUUGUUAUUAACAGCAAGAA